AUAGGCUGCGCGCUCGGGUAUCAAAUACUUAUCUCUCUCUCUCUCUCUCUCUCUCUCUCUCUUCUCCUCCUCCUCUUUUCCACCAUGUCUGUUUCUUCCUCGCACUCUGCGGCCUCAAGAAUUCUGAAAAUAGGCAUAGUAGGCUUCGGGUCCUUCGCACAAUUCCUGUCAAAGACCAUGAUCAGGCAAGGCCAUAUUCUACGGGCAGCUUCUCGAACAGAUUACUCUAAUCUCUGUUCACAAAUGGGCAUCUCAUUUUUCAGGAACGUAGAUGAGUUGCUUGAAGCCGAAAACGAUGUCAUUCUGAUAUGCACAUCAAUCCUAUCUCUGUCGGAGGUUCUCCGGUCACUCCCACUCCAUCGUCUGAAACGGCCAACACUUUUCGCUGAUGUACUCUCAGUCAAAGAGCACCCAAGAAACGUUCUAUUGCAGGUGCUGCCAGCGGAAUGCGACGUGCUUUGCACGCACCCAAUGUUUGGACCAGAAAGUGGGAAAGAUGGGUGGAAAGAUCUAACUUUGAUGUACGAGAGAGUCCGAAUCAGAGAUGAAGCUAUCUGCUCAAGCUUCCUCCAAAUUUUUGAAAGCGAGGGUUGCAGAAUGCUGGAAAUGUCUUGCGAAGAGCAUGAUAAAAUGGCAGCUAGGAGCCAGUUUAUAACUCACACCAUUGGCAGGAUACUAUCAGAAAUGGAGAUCCAGUCCACAUCUAUAGACACAAAGGGCUUUGAGAGACUUGUUCAAUUGAAAGAGAGCACCAUGAGAGAUAGUUUUGAUCUGUUUAGCGGGUUAUUUGUACAUAAUAGGUUUGCCCAACAAGAGCUCGAAAACCUUCAACUCGCCUUCAAUAAAGUCAAACAGAAGCUGGUAGAGAAGAUGAAUGAGGAGCAGAAUUGAAUAGGAGUACUCUCAUUAGCAAAGAUGUAUUAAUAAUGACCCUUUACGCAUUUCAUAUAUAUUGUUUUUGAGUUUUUCUUUUUUCUUUUUUUCACUCUUCCUAAUUUUCUUAUAAUUGAUGGAUAUAGAGGCUUUUCUUUUUUCAA